AUGACCAAACCCAGUAAUGAGAAGCGCAUGCGACUGAGGAAACAAUGUCGGGAAGCCCUAGCAGCCCACAUAUAUGACCGACUUGGCCUCGCCGUCGCUCCCGGAAUGGUUCGUCUCCAGCCGCAGCCCGAAGACGGAUAUUCCUGGUCCGUCACGAAAUCAAAUGCUACAUUGCUCAAAUCAAGCCUGAGCACCGGCACGAUAAGCCUUUAUCAGUCAAUUUGUAAUGAGCUUGGUCGUUCACUCGAGGCUGUUCCACCACAGAUGCUACAAGAUUCCCAGCCAAACGCUAGUGACCUUUCAGAGGAGGGGCGAGUGAACAGGCAGCGGAACGCAAACGGCUCCUUUACGGAAAAGAUUUGCGAACUUGAAGCUUCCAAUCUCCAACAAGGAGUGGAAUUGGAUCGAUCUCGCACCCGCCUAAACGAGUCCCUUUGCGACGUUCACAGGCUUCAGGCUGAGGUCAGCCAACUCCGCCACGAAAUGCAAACUAUUGCGUCGCAAAACGACUUUAUGCGAGACGAGCUGGCACAAACUAGAACAGGCAUUGCCGGAGCAAUACAGACAUUGAGUACGUUGCAAACGCAAGGAGAUGAAAUUGCAUUCGACGACAUCCGCGACUGUCAAUCAACACCCAUUGAUAGCCCAAUGGUGAUGAACGGGGUUGGAGCUUGA